AUGUUUUCUCGCCUUCUCUUUCUCAUGACCAUUCUCUCUUUAUUUGCAGGUAGAGGCAUCGCAGACAAGGCUCAGGCGUUGUUUGUUUUCGGAGACUCUUUUGCCGACACAGGAAAUCGUAAUCCAUACAAUCAAACUGUAAACGAGCCAUGGAGACGACCGUACGGUUUGACCUGGCCUGGCUAUCCUGCAGGCAGAUAUUCUUCUGGAAAAAUCCAGACAGAUUUUUGGGGGGAUAUUUUAGGGCUUCCUGUUCCCAUAGCUUAUGAGCUGUUCAGAAGUCAUGAUUGUAAAGCAACUGCAAAGAAGAUUAGACGAGGAGUGAAUUUUGCAGUUGGAGGAAGUGGAAUAUUUCAAGCCUACGGUUUCAUAACAGUAGCACAACAGGUGAAGCAGUUUAAGAAACUGAUAGCAGGAAGUCACGGGUUCGAUUCUCGCAAGCUCUCGCGGUCUGUAGUUCUUAUCUCUGUGGCUGGCAACGACUACGGUGCAUUCCUUUCUAGUAGAAACGGCUCCAUUGAGGGAGUGACGGAUCUUGUGAAACCUGUGGUAAGCGGGAUAAUCGACGGUGUGAAAGAGUUGUAUGAAAGCCGGCUUACGAAUUUUGCGGUGAGUUUUGUGGAUUUGUUCGUCCCUUGCUGUGCUGAGAAAGGCGGGGUUGAAAGGUGUGGAGAGGUGGACGAAGUCGGCGGGGCUUUAUUUGAAGUGUGUUCAAAUGUAGAGGAAAAGUUUCAGUGGGAUAUGUAUCAUCCAACACAGCAAGGAUGGAAUGCGAUAAUGUGGCUGUACAGAAAUGGAGCAAAAGAAGAAAAUAAAACGAUCAGUUUUAUUGAGGGGCGCCAAACGUUAUUGAUUGGGUCAAGCAUGAUCUGUGAAAAGUAUGACCAAACAUUGCAAGAGACUAAAAGACUUCUGGAUGAUGUCAAUGCUGACAUUCUUGCGAAGGCUUUGGAUGGCUUUGUUGGAUUGCAUGCUCCAUUUGGUAAUCCAGAACAUGAUGAUGACGAGCUUGUGAACAUCAAGCCUAUUUAG